UGUAAGGGGACAUUUGCGCGUUUUCUUCCUGGAACGAACUUCUUUCUGAGCGACACUUUGUUGGCUUUCACUACGAGGAAUUAAGAUAGGAGUCGGAGACCCUGAUGACGAGGGCGAAGGCUGUCAUGGUGGAAUGGGGAGCUCUUGACCAAAACAGAGUUCUGCAUCAUCGUAGUGUUUAUUGGCAUUGACUGGAGCCGACAGAGAUAGGAGACACGGCGCUGCCCAGUCACAGCUAUAUUAAAAUCUUGGAUUUCUCUAUUUCGUGCUCAUAAUGGCAUGCAAUUCAUAUAGGGCUUUAGUUUAGAGCGGCAACUGUUCGAGGCCAUUUUUCCAGAAGAUUACAGAGUUUCACUUUACAUCUUUCUGCCUCUACCAUUUGUAACUCUCAGGAAGGACUCGUGCAGGAAGAAAUGGGAGCAGUGGAGAUCACAGCAGCUAUGCUGCAGGAGGAGGAGCAACUUGAGGAAGAAGGAAUAGAGGAGGAGAGGCAGAUAAUGGAGAAGGCUCGCAUGUCCUGGGACAGAGACUCAACUGAAAUGCGCUACAAAAGACUUCAGCACUUGCUUGAAAAAAGCAACAUCUACUCAAAGUUCUUGCUGACCAAAAUGGAACAGCAGCAACUGGAGGAGCAACGAAAGAAAGAAAAACUAGAAAAAAAGAAGGCACCAUUGAACACUGCAAAGAAUGAAAAACUAGCUGCCGGGAGAGAAGGCAAAUUGGCUACCAAAAAGAAGAGAGCCAGAGAAGAUGGGACAUACAAUAUUUCUGAAGUCAUAUCGAAAGAGGAAAUCUUGUCAGCAGCCAAAAAAAGCAAAAUUGAAAAUCAGAAUGAAAGCUCUCCUCCUAAAUUGUGUGCAGAAGAACUCCAGAAUCAUGAGGACUCAAAUAGCAUUAUCAAGAAUAGAUUGGCGCAGGCAGUGCGUAGCAGUGCGAAACACUUUGUUGACCCAAUACGAAAAUUUAAUGGACAGCCGGUGCCUUUUCAGCAACCAAAGCUCUUCACUGGAGGGAUAAUGAGAUGGUACCAAGUUGAAGGCAUGGAAUGGCUUAGGAUGCUCUGGGAGAAUGGCAUCAAUGGCAUUUUGGCUGAUGAAAUGGGCUUAGGAAAGACAAUUCAAUGUAUUGCAACAAUAGCGUUGAUGGUAGAGAGAGGAGUCACUGGGCCAUUCUUGGUAUGUGGUCCCCUAUCUACACUUCCUAACUGGAUGGCAGAAUUCAGAAGAUUUACUCCUAAGGUUCCUAUAAUGCUGUAUCAUGGGACCCAGCAGGAACGGCGUACCCUGGUUCAUAAAAUUCGAAAGAGAGAUGGUUCUCUGAAUGUCCAUCCUGUGGUCAUUACGUCUUUUGAAAUAGCCAUGAGAGACAGAAAUACCCUUCAGAACUUCUACUGGAAAUACUUGAUAGUGGAUGAAGGGCACAGGAUUAAGAAUAUGAACUGCCGACUUAUUCGGGAAUUAAAACGGUUUAGUACUGACAAUAAACUUCUGUUAACUGGAACUCCCUUGCAAAACAACUUAUCUGAGCUUUGGUCUCUGCUGAAUUUUCUACUUCCUGAUGUGUUUGAUGACUUGAAAAGCUUUGAGUCCUGGUUUGACAUUACUAGUAUUUCUGAAAUUGCUGAAGAUAUUGUUGCUAAAGAAAGAGAACAAAACAUCUUACAUAUGCUGCACCAGAUCUUGACGCCUUUCUUACUGAGAAGACUGAAAUCAGAUAUAGCUCUAGAAGUUCCUCCCAAGCGCGAAGUUGUGGUCUAUGCACCUCUUGUAAAAAAACAAGAAACCUUCUACAGUGCCAUUAUAAACAAGACAAUUCAAAAGCUGCUGGGAAACAACCAGGAAGAAGUUGUUGAGCUAAGCUCUGCAGGCCGACCAAAGCGACGCAGUCGGAAGGUGGCUAGUUAUCGUGAACUUGGUGAAGAUGAUUUCCCUGAUCAACUGGAAGAAAUUAUGAGUAAAAUGCAAGAGGAAGUUGAAAAAGAGAGGCCAGUAAUAGAAAUGAAUAUGCCUUUGGAUUCAGAAAUCAACCUGAAGUUGCAGAACAUUAUGAUGUUAUUAAGGAAGUGUUGUAACCACCCAUAUCUUAUUGAAUACCCACUGGACUCUGCCACUCAGCAGUUUAAGGUUGAUGAAGAUCUAGUGAAGAAUUCAGGCAAAUUUUUACUCUUGGAUCGCAUGCUACCAGAACUGAAAAAGCGAGGACACAAGGUGCUGCUCUUCUCACAGAUGACAAAAAUGUUGGAUAUUUUGAUGGACUACUGCUAUCUGAGGAAUUACCAGUUUAGUCGCCUGGAUGGAUCCAUGGCCUAUAUAGAGAGGGAAGAAAAUAUGAAUAAGUUUAACACAGAUCCAGAAGUUUUUAUCUUUCUGCUGAGCACACGGGCUGGAGGUCUUGGCAUUAAUUUGACGGCAGCAGAUACAGUAAUCAUUUAUGACAGUGACUGGAACCCACAGUCUGACCUUCAGGCCCAAGAUCGAUGUCAUAGAAUUGGCCAGACCAAGCCAGUGGUUGUAUAUCGCUUUGUAACUGCAAACACCGUUGACCAGAAGAUUGUGGAGAGAGCUGCUGCCAAAAGAAAGUUAGAAAAACUGAUUAUCCACAAAAAUCAGUUUAAAGGUGGAAAGUUUGGAGUAAACCAGUCGAAGAGUUGCUUGGACCCCAAGGAGUUAAUGGAGUUGUUGCAAUCCAGGGAUUACGACAGAGAGAUUAAAGGAUCAAGAGAAAAAGUAAUAACUGAUAAAGAUUUAGAGAUACUGCUGGACAGAAGUGACCUUAUCAACCAAAUGAAAACUUCUGAGCAACUUAAAGAAAAAAUGAGUGUGUUCCAGAUAUUGGAAAACUCUGAAGAUGCCAAUGCAGAAAAUGUGUUUUGAGAUAUGGGCAGCUUGCGUUCGAAUGCUCCGAAAACAUGAGUGUGAAUAUUCUCAUAGUGGUUACUUUAUUGUUAACCUUUAUUCUCUGAGUUCAAAAACGUGUUAAAGAUUGUAUUAUUUUGGUUAUAUUUUCAAGAAAGGAAACAAGGAUUUAAAAUGUAACAUUACUAAGUUUGCAUAUCAGAAAAGAGAUUUGGGACAUCUUGUUGACAGCAGAUGAGAUUUUCGAUCAUUUGUUCUGACAUUAGUAACAUCCUGCUAUCCAAUUUGUACAGUUUUCUGUUGAAGUUCUGCUAAAUAGUUUGUUAAAACAAUGAAUUAUUUCUGUUGUUAGUUACACUCAGAGUAGGCCCAUUGAAAUCAAUUGACUCAAAAUUUAAGUCCACUAAUUUCCAUGGGUAUGCUCUGAGUGUAACUUGGAUAUCACUGGAUACUUUUACUCCUUGCCCCCACUGAGGUGGUUUUUUUGGACAGAAGAAUGCUUGAUGUAUUUUGUUUACAAGUCUAAAUUGUAUGACUUCAGGUUUUGGUAAACUUACUAAAUAAACUCUGUUUUGUAUUA